CAUCUCCCAGCGGGCUGCGGGACGGAGGGGCCCGGCCGACAGCCUGCCCCUCUCCCGGCGGGGCGGAGAGGAGAGGAGAAGCCAGGCGUGCACCCUGCCGGUCCCCGCUCCGGCAGCCACAGGCAUUAUGCUGCUGGAAGUGUUCCUGGCUCUGGGGGCAGUCAUCAUCUACUUCUAUUUUUCUAAGAAGAAAGAAGAGACGUUACCUUUCAAAGAGGGAUGGUGGGGCAAGGGACAAAAGCCUGAUGCUGAAGAAGAUACAACUAUUUGGCCAUUUAAGGUGGAAACUACAGAAGAAGACCUGAGUGACUUAUUUAGGAGACUCGACCAGGCUCGAUUCACUGAGCCGCUGGAGAGCAGUUGCUUCCAUUAUGGGACUAACUCGGUGUAUCUCAGGAAGGUUGUCUCCUACUGGAAAAACCAGUUCAAUUGGAAGAAACAAGUUGAAGUCCUUAACAAGUACCCACAAUUCAAAACUAAGAUUCAAGGCAUUGAUAUCCAUUUUGUUCAUGUAAAGCCUCCCCGUUUGCCUGAAGGCCGUUCUGCAAAGCCAUUAUUAAUGGUUCAUGGUUGGCCCGGCUCAUUUUACGAGUUUUACAAGAUCAUCCCUCUCCUGACGGAUCCCGCAAGCCACGGCCUCAGCGAUGAACACGUUUUUGAAGUCAUUUGCCCAUCUAUCCCUGGUUAUGGUUUCUCGGAAGCACCCCACAAAAAAGACUUUAAUUCUGUAAGUGCUGCUUCUGUGUUUUACGAAUUGAUGCUCAGACUGGGAUUCAACGAAUUCUACGCGCAAGGUGGUGACUGGGGCUGGCUCAUCUGCACCAAUCUGGCCCAGAUGGCUCCCACGCAUAUGAAAGGUCUCCAUUUAAACCUAGCCACGGUUACAAACAUGGGACUCACUCACCUGCUCUCCAUUCUGCUGGGCCGCUACUUCCCGGGGCUCUUCGGUUUCCAGGAGGAAGAUGUCAGGCGGAUGUUUCCCUUCUGGGAAAAAGGGAUCUACAGGAUCCUGCUGGAGUCUGGCUACGCUCACAUACAGGCUACAAAACCUGAUACUGUUGGCUGUGGUUUGAAUGAUUCUCCUGUAGGACUGGCCGCGUACAUCUUGGAGAAGUUUUCUACGUGGACUGAUAUGGAGUUCCACGAUUUAGAGGAUGGAGGACUAGAGAGGAAGUUUAACCUGGAUGAUCUGCUGACCAAUAUCAUGAUCUACUGGGUGUCAGGCUGUAUAGUCUCCUCAAUGCGUUUUUACAAAGAAAAUCUGCAGAAGGGGAUAGGCAAUCAAAAACAUGAAAGGCUGACAGUAAAAGUACCUACUGGCAUCGCCUCCUUCCCUAAUGAACUCCUACACGUCCCCCAGGCCUGGGCCCAGAAGAAAUACACCAACAUAGUUUCCUUCCAUUUCAUGCCCCGAGGUGGCCACUUCGCAGCUUUGGAGGAACCUGAACUUCUUGCUGAAGACAUUCUGCAAUUCGUUGGGAAAGUAGAGAAAGAGCAGCUUUGGAGAAAGAAAGGAGAAUAACUCCCCUAACAAACAGCACAAUAAUUUCUUAUAGCUUAGCAGAGGCACGGGCCUUACUAUGUUUACUGUAAUCCAUGUAAUUAGAUCUUAUUCUUGACCAGAUGCGAGAGAGGACAGCAAGAAAAAUGCAUUAAAUCUCCAUAAGAUACUGUGGUGGAGUCCUACAGGUUCUGGGGUGGUUUAUGUUGUUCAGCCAAGCUAAGGUGGCAGCAUGAAGAUUACUGGAUUACUUUCUCCCCCAAGAACAGACUUCUAAAAUCUGUUCUGUAGUAUUCCUCACUCUUGCUUUAAAAUGGAAAAAUAGACUUUACAACUAGUAACAUAACUAAUAACAGUUUAAUUGUUAGGAAAGGCUUUUUUUUCACUGCAGCAGUAAAACUUGAGCUGGUAUAGGUGUGAGAUUUCUCGUGUAAAGGAUGGGGAACAGCCCAGCAAGACCUAACUUGCAUGAAUGCUUUGGUUAAUCCGCAUCAGUGAUCUACAGUACCUUUAAACUAGCCAGCUGGCUACUGCUGGCUGCCUUUCUCUUUGAGCCUGGGCUUGUUAAGCAGCUUCCUGGCUGCGAGGAAGCUCAGCUCCCCUGGGACAGCAAGAUGUGAGGAGCAGCUGAAACACAGGGGUGCCUGUAGCUGGGACCAGAAGGAGGGGUUGGGUGGGAGUAAUUCUAGCCCAAGCUACUCCGAACCAAAAAUCACAGCCUUGGACCGGCUCAAAACACUGUGGGCUUUGCACUGCUUCUGCACAGUAUUGUGAAUACUUCUUAUUAAGGAAUAAAGAUGUCAUUAAUUCAAAAUGAAAAGAAACUUGCAUUAAAAUUUUGAAUAAUA